CGUCUUAGUAAGCGAAAAGGUAACAAAACGGAAGCUGUAAACAGCAUCUCAGAACCAGAGAACACCGUAAGCGAAGUUCACCAUGAAGGUGGUGCAGACACUGAUCUUGAUUGUACCAUCAAAAACUGCAGCAGCCCUGAGAAGCAACUGCAGGCAGAUGAUAAAUGGGUAACAAAAAUAAGCAGUCGGAAGAAAUAUAGUAAUAUUGAUGGUAGGCAAACGUCUGUCACCUGUAGCCAGGCUGCAUCAAUAGUGGUGAGAAAGGACGUAGCCACUGCUAAAUACGACAAGCUCUCCUUAGACUCUAACAUAAUUGUUGGAAAUUUGGAAGAGUCCAAAGAAUCUGAUCCCGUGAAAAGGCACGAUCACGACCUUAAAUUAGUGAGUAGUAUUAUAAGGAAGAUGCUCCCAGCGAAUUUCCCUGGAGUAUCGAUUAAAAAGCUGAUUAGAAUAGGCAAAAGAGAUGAUGAAUGUUCUAAUCAGCGUAGGUUGCUUAAAGUAGUCUUAGGUUCUCCUGAUGAACGGAAUCAUCUACUGGCUAAUGUACACAACCUUGCCGGGUCAGGAAUUUCAGCCAGACCUGAUUUAUCUCUUGAAGACAGACUUAAACGAAAAGAAGUUUUGUCCCAGCUAGAAACAAGACGUAAAAAUGGUGAGACUAACCUUAAACUGGUGGGUUUUCAAAUAGUCAGGUCUUGGAAACGUAUGCUUCCAAGACCUGUGUGGAUAAGCCAGACCGCAUAGGAAGCCUGAAGGUAGUGUACACUAAUAUACGUAGUAUCGGGAACAAAUUUCACGAGCUAGGUGUAUUAGUAGAAGACCUUAGCCCAGGUAUUGUGGCCAUUACUGAAACAUGGCUGGUUUCGGGAUUAGAUGACACACCUGAGCUAUGCGGAUUUAGUUGCUUGCGCAGCGACAGAGUUAAGGGUCGUAGAGGUGGCGGGGUUGCUCUGUACAUCAACAACUCCCUACAUGUUCGUUCCGUGAAAUCUGAAGCUCAUGACAGUGGGACAGGUGAGGUAAUUAGCUGUGAAGUAAGCUUUGCAACCGGCACUCUACUCAUUGGAGUUCUGUAUAGAAGUCCCUAUUGUCAGUGUGAUGACUUCAUUUUAGAUCACCUCAAACAAUGGAGUAAACACAGUAGCUGUCUUAUUCUAGGUGAUUUUAAUGCACCUCAUAUAGACUGGGUAGCUGUCACAUCUCCAGGAUCCGCUGAUAAGUUUGACAGCCGGUUACUCUUGACAACCAUGGAAAAUGCCCUGACACAACAUGUCUUAGGUAGUACAAGAUUCGGUUCUACCCAAGGAUCUUCCUUGCUGGACUUAGUGCUUACUCAUGACAACGACGACGUGGAUGGUCUAGUUAUUCAUCCACCUCUAGCAAACAGUGAUCAUGGGGUGU